AUGGGAGACUAUGAUGAAGACACUGCAUUCCUCGGACAAACCGGUCCUUUUUUCUGGACCACAUUCUUCCUCCUGAACACAGUUUUUGUCUCAACUGGGUUCAACGGGCUUUACAUUGUCUUCGUCGGGGCGGCUCCAGAGCAUCACUGUCUGGUUCCAGACGUCAACCUGACCGAGGAGUGGACCAGUGCCAUCAUUCCGUUCACGAUAGUGGAUGGUAAGGAGGUGCAGAGCCAGUGCAGCAGAUACAGGUUAGACGUGGUGAGGAAUCUCUCCGCUGAAGGAUUUGUCCCUGGGACAGAUGUGAACCUCACUGGCCUGCAGCAGGAGAGAUGUUUAGAUGGAUGGAACUACAGCAAAGACAUCUACCAGUCCAACAUAGUCACAGAGUGGGACCUGGUUUGUGACGACCAGUGGAAAGUUCCCUUUGCAUCCUCCACUCUCUUUGUGGGAUACCUCUUUGGGUCCCUAAUCUCAGGAUAUCUUUCUGACAGGUUUGGGAGGAAGAAGGUUAUCUUCAUCUCUCUUGCAGCCCAGUGUCUUGCUGUCCUGCUUCAGUCCUUCUCUCACUCAUGGAAGAUGUUCUGCAUCAUGUUCCUCUUUGUUGGAGCCUCCCAGAUAUCCCUCUAUAUUUCUGCCUUUGUACUAGGAACCGAGGUUUUGAGUAAAACUAUGCGAGUGCUCUUCACAACUCUCGGGGCGUUCCUUUUCUAUUGCAUUGGGUACAUGACUCUGCCCUGGAUCGCAUACGGCAUCCGAGAAUGGAGGACUCUGCUGGCCGUUCUAUCCAUGACUUCUGUGGUCUACAUCCCACUUUGGUGGUUUAUCCCAGAGUCUCCUCGGUGGUUGAUCACUCAGGGACGAUUUGAGGAGGCUGAGGCCAUCGUGAGGGAAGCUGCGAGGAAAAAUAAGGUCGAAGCACCAUCUGUGAUCUUUAAAGAAUCCGAGCUACAGGGCACCUCUCCAGGCAAGACAUACAGCAUGCUUGAUAUCCUGAAAUCCAAGAACAUCAGAUGCAUCACACUGAUGUGUCUCGUUUUGUGGAUGGCAAUAAACAUUGGGUAUUUUGGAUUAUCCCUGAACACCUCCAACCUGAGUGGCAACCCCUUCAUGAACUGUUUUUUAUCAGCAACUACUGAGGUCCCCGCCUACGUUGUUUCUACUUGUCUGCUGAGGAGAUGUCCAAGAAAAGCACUUCUGUCAUCGUUCCUCAUCCUUGGAGGAGGAGUUCUUCUUCUAAUCCAGUUCAUCCCUAAUACCCUUCAGUAUGUUGCUCUGGCAUUGGAAAUGACUGGAAAGUUUGGCUUCACCAUGGCCUUUAGCAUUGUCUACAUCUACACCGCCGAGCUUUACCCCACUGUACUCAGGAACGUCGGCAUGGGAAUGUGCUCCUCUGCUGCGAGGAUUGGAAGCAUCACAGCUCCUUAUGUCAUCUAUCUAGGCACUUAUAAUAAGGCUCUGCCUUAUAUUCUCAUGGGAAGUCUAACAAUUGCUUCCUCCGUGGUGAAUUUCUUCCUCCCGGAGACCCUCAACAGAGAUCUUCCAGAAACAGUGGAGCAGAUGCAAGAAUGUCAGAAGUUGUGCAAGGGUCCCAAAAAGAGGAAAUAUGCAGAAAAUGAAGGAAGGAGGAACCCACCCAUUCAAUGUGAAGCCAAAUCUGAAGUGCACGCUCUUCCUCUGUAGUUUUUCUCAAUGGCAUUGCUUCAAAGAAAGACAAAAAUCAUUUAUCUUCAAAGUAAUAAUCUCAACAUAAAUUCCAAAACAUGCACAAUGGGAUCCAAAAGUCCUCUGGCAAGAACUGUUGUUUUUAUCAUUUUUAAAAAACUCUUUAUUUUUCUACUCAGUUGAUGCUAAUUAAAGAACAGUUUUUUAGAAAUGUGGUAAAGAAUAUUUUUGGAUCUUAAAAUGUGUGUAUGAAAUUGAAAUUUGUGGCUGAUUGGUCCACAAUACAUGUGAUUAAAAUAUGAACAUAUGAACCU